AUGACGCUGUAUGCUAAAAGCUCACUUAUUGCGCAAAUGACGUGCUCCCAGCUUGCUACUCAGCGCAUGUCAUCAUUAAAUAGGCGGAAAAACUCUAACUUCGGAAAGCCUCAAUUUACCACAAGAAGAUACAGAAGCUCUGUCCGAGUUCAAGCUGAACUAGAUGAGCCUAUAAUCAGGAUUGGUACGCGAGGAUCUCCUCUCGCGCUUGCUCAAGCAUAUAUGACCCGUGACUUGCUCGCUAAACAAUUUCCGGAGCUUGCAGAAGAAGGAGCUUUGGAAAUCGCGAUCAUCAAGACAACGGGUGAUAAAGUCCUGGAUAAACCUCUUGCUGAUAUAGGCGGUAAAGGUCUUUUUACUCGUGAACUUGAUGACGCGCUGUUAGAUGGGCGUGUUAACAUAGCGGUACAUUCAAUGAAAGAUGUCCCGACUUAUCUUCCAGAGGGAACGAUCUUACCAUGUAUGCUUCCGCGAGAGGAUGUUAGGGAUGCGUUCAUAUGUCUCAAAUAUGAUUCUUUAUCUGCCCUUCCUACAGGAGCUCUCGUUGGAACUGCAAGUCUCAGACGUCAGUCGCAACUGCUUUGGAAGUAUCCCGAGCUUAAAUGUGUGAAUUUCCGCGGUAAUGUGCAAAGCAGAAUACGCAAACUAAAAGAGGAGGUGGUUGACUGCACCUUACUGGCUUUGGCAGGUUUGAAGCGAAUGGAUCUUACUGAACAUGCAACAAAAAUUUUGGACUUCGAAGAUAUGCUUCCUGCUGUUGCCCAGGGAGCGAUUGGAAUCGCUUGUCGCACGAACGAUGAUAAGAUGCAAGAAUAUCUUUCGAAGUUAAAUCACGAAGAGACUCGCUUAGCUGUGGAAUGUGAGCGUAACUUUUUACGCGCUUUAGAUGGUUCAUGUCGUACUCCUAUUGCUGCAAAUGCGCGCAUGGUGAAUGGACACUUAGUGUUUGAUGGUCUUAUUGCUUCAUUAGACGGUACAGAAAUUUUACGAACAUCCAGGGAAGGAUCUUGGAGCGCUGAUGAUGUGCUUGCAGCUGGAACUGACGCUGGUGAUGAGUUGAAGGCAAAAGCACCAAAAGAUUUCUUUGCGAACGUCCCAGAAAUGCAGGGUACGAGUGCAUGGUCAUCUUAA